GCGGAAGUUGCGCCGCUGGGAGGUCUCCUUCCGCUCUGAGGAGUUGCCUGGGCCGUGGAGCGGGACUGCAGCUGAGGCAGGAAGAGUGGGGGCCGUGGUGACAUGAAGCAGGUACAGGGCCUCUUGUAGCUCAGCAGAUCCGUGUAGCAGGGACCCUUGGCAUGGGGCCUCCAUGGCACCAAAGGACUCAGACAAGUCCACUUGCCCCAGAGCCUUGACUAUCUUACCCAUACAGAGAUCCGUCCUGUCCUGCUUGGGCACAAACGCGGCCGUGUGAACUCGGGGCCCCGUUUCCCUUUGCUGGGCAUCAUGGGUCUGAGGGCCAGGAGGUCUUCUGGAGUGUUCAUUUAUCCAGCAGUCAGUUAUGAAGCACCUGCUGUCUGCCACACAUAGUGUCCGGCUCAUGGGAGAGAGCAGUGACCAAGUCAGCCAGAGCCCUGUGCCUGUGCUUGGACGUCACAGUCCAGCGGGAGAAAGGCCCUGCCGCUGAGACCCCAUUGUCCCCACUUCAACGUGGGGACCCACCAGGAUGAGCAAGCUGCCUAGUGAGCUGGCCUGUGACUUAGAGCGCAGUCUGCCCGCCCUGGCCUCCCUGGGCACCUCGCUGUCCCACAGCCAGAGCUUCAUCCCUCCACCUCUGGAGAAACGCAGGGCCAUCUCUGACGUCCGCCGUACCUUCUGUCUCUUUGUCACCUUCGACCUGCUCUUCAUCUCCCUCCUCUGGAUCAUCGAGCUAAAUACCAACACCGGCAUCCGGAGAAACCUGGAGCAGGAGAUCAUCCACUACAGCUUUCAGAACUCAUUCUUUGACAUCUUUAUUCUGGCAUUCUUUCGCUUCUCUGGGCUGCUCCUGGGCUAUGCUGUGCUACGGCUCCGCCACUGGUGGGUGAUUGCGGUCACCACACUGGUGUCCAGUGCAUUCCUCAUCGUCAAGGUCAUCCUCUCUGAGCUGCUCAGCAAAGGGGCAUUCGGCUACCUACUUCCCAUUGUCUCUUUUGUCCUGGCCUGGCUAGAGACCUGGUUCCUUGAUUUCAAAGUCCUGCCCCAGGAAGCUGAAGAGGAGAGAUGGUAUCUUGCUGCUCAGGCUGCUGUUGCCCGGGGACCUCUGCUGUUCUCCAGUGCUUUGUCUGAGGGCCAGUUCUACUCUCCCCCAGAAUCCUUUGCAGGGUCUGACAAUGAAUCAGAUGAGGAAGUCCCUGGGAAGAAAAGUUUCUCUGCCCAGGAGCGGGAGUACAUCCGCCAGGGGAGGGAAGCCACUGCCGUGGUGGAUCAGAUCUUGGCCCAGGAGGAGAACUGGAAGUUCGAGAGGAGUAAUGAGUAUGGGGACACUGUGUACACCAUUGAGGUUCCUUUCCAUGGCAAGACCUUCAUCUUGAAGACCUUCCUGCCCUGUCCUGCUGAGCUGGUGUACCAGGAAGUGAUCCUGCAGCCUGAGAGGAUGGUGCUAUGGAACAAGACAGUGACCGCCUGCCAGAUACUGCAGCGUGUAGAGGAGAGCACCCUUGUCUCCUAUGAUGUGUCAUCAGGGGCUGCAGGUGGCGUUGUGUCCCCCAGGGACUUUGUGAAUGUCCGGCGCAUUGAGCGGCGCAGAGACCGAUACCUAUCAUCUGGCAUUGCCACCACACACUGUGCCAAGCCCCCCACGCACAAAUACGUCAGGGGAGAGAAUGGUCCUGGAGGCUUCAUUGUACUCAAGUCAGCCAGCACCCCCCGAGUCUGCACCUUCAUCUGGAUUCUUAACACAGAUCUCAAGGGUCGCCUGCCUCGGUACCUUAUCCAACAGAGCCUCGCAGCCACCAUGUUUGAAUUUGCCUUUCAUCUGCGGCAGCGAAUUGGAGAGCUGGGGGCCCGAGCUUGAACAUGCUCCCUCGCCACCCUGCUGGCCAGGGUUCUGUCUCCAUAGCCUCCAGAGACUGAAAGAGGGACUAUUUGGGCUUCCUGCUGUUGAUGAAGGGUGAUGCUGAGCAGCAGGUGGCACCUCAUUCCCUGGCUGUCCCUUCCCACUGAGCCAGCCGUACUGCCGGGAACGUGACCCUGAGCAGUUGUGAGGUUGAGCACCUGGACUCUGGGGUGCCCCAGACUGGAAGAGCCAGGACUGUUCUUCCGAUGUUGACACAAAGUCCCUGCCUUCUGGAAGAGGAGACCCCCCCAUGCUUCCCUAGGGAUCUCAGACUUGGUCACAGAGGACCUGGGCUUGCCCGUUACUGGCGUGAAGGCGAGGAAGCUCUCCACUCCAACUGCUAGGAUGGUUUUGUACCCUUAGUGAAAGGGUCUGUGACCCUCUUCCAUACACAUUGCAGGAUGUAAGAGCGGGUGGGGCAAUAGGGGAUGGCAUUGCAUUUCCGCCUCUCCAUGUCCUCCCUCUCUCCCAAGGCCUCCUUGGGGACCUUUGUAAUAAUGUGAGCCAAUUAAAACCAUGAAAUAAAAGAUAAAAAAUG